UACACCUGUAUCUGUACGUAAGAGGAUAGCCCUCUUCCAGGCCCCGUUUUCCGCGUUUUUUAAUUAUUUAUUUCCGUGUAAACUGCAGUCUUGAUAUAAAAACAUUGAUGGUCGAUAAUUUAGCGCUGCAUUGAGGGCCCGGGGGAGAACUGCAAAGGAUUAUUAAGUCAUCUCAGACCUCAGUUUUUAUACAUCGACAUGGCUCGACCACGGCCGCGGGAAUACACGGCAGGAGAUUUGGUAUUCGCUAAAAUGAAGGGAUACCCGCACUGGCCGGCGAGGAUUGAUGAGCUUCCAGAAGGAGCUGUUAAACCACCUGCCAACAAGUACCCCAUCUUCUUCUUUGGGACCCAUGAAACUGCAUUCUUGGGUCCGAAGGAUCUUCUGCCCUACAAGGAGUAUAAAGACAAAUUUGGGAAAUCAAACAAGAGGAAAGGCUUCAACGAGGGCUUGUGGGAGAUCGAGAACAACCCUGGAGUCAAGUUCACAGGCUAUCAGGCCAUCCAGCAACAGAGUUCAUCAGAAACAGAAGAGGGGGGAAACACUGCUGAUGGCAGCAGUGACGGCGAGGAGGGCGAUUCUGUUGAAGAAGAAGAUGACAAGGAGAAGCUGAAGGGAGACAAGACUGGAUCCAAACGGAAAAGGACAGCUACCUCCAAGGGAGUUGUCGUUCCUGUGUGUCAUCCACUGCCAUUCAAGACGUUUCAUGAGCCCUCACCUCACACAGAGUGACAACACAAGAACAACACCACAUGUCCAAGAAAUCAGAAGUGGAUUACCAUACUACAGGAACCUGAAACAAUUACAUAUUGACAUAGACAUAUUGAAAAUAACUAACUUCUUGUUCUAUGUGAUCUUCACCCUUUCCCAACAACCCAACUAUAUCAUCUUUAAUCUCUGUCAUUAACUUACAUUAUUAUUAAUCAUUCCAUGUAUGUAUAUAUUGUUGUUACACAAAAAACUGAAAAAUACUUUCAACUUUACAAACAGUAUGUCAUUCUUAUACCUUUCACCUCAUAAAAACUGUGUAAUAUACUGACUCAUUAAUAACCUGUAUCAUUUACUAUCAAACUGUCAUGUGUUUAGUUUUUCUUUCAAAUCAAACAUUUUAAGAUGAAUGGAAUUUGAUCAUUUACAACAUUUGUGACUCAAAUAAAGCUACAUAGCUAAAACAAUGUCAUGUGAUAUGCUCAGAACAGAAAUUCCUGAGACCAAUACAGCAAAUUGCUGAUGAACAUUUAAUAUCCAGGAUUUCAUGCAUGGGGCUGUAGUAAGAGAGAAACUCAGUACAUUAAGAAUUUGGAGUAUCUUAUAUUUUUCGGAUUAAGGAUUUAAAUAGAACAAGUUUCCAAUCUCUAGGUUAGCCAUUGCUGGUAGAGAACAAAGAUAGCUAAGCUAAGAUGCUACACAGGGCUAAGUACUAUUUUAAAGAGUUUUUUAAUUUUUUUUAAACUUAGUGCCCACAGAAGUAACCUACUGUUAGUACCAAAGCCAAGGAGCAUAUCAUUAGCCAAUGGCAUUCUUUUGUAGGGUUAGAUCUUAUGUUAGAAACAGCCCCAUUCAGGAUUGAAACAUUCAUUGUGUGGGUGCUGGUCCUGGAUACUACUGUAUCAUAGUCUAGAGUAACAUUAGUACUCUGUUCAGCUCUGUUUAGUUUGGGGAAAGUUUACAUUCGAGUAACUCCAGCCAAACCUGUGAGGUUGAAUAGCGCUAACUUUUACCAAGCUCAUUAGUUAAUUGUCAUCCUUUUCAUAUAUAAAACUUGAACAUAAUGUUUGAAAAUACAAACAAUAAGGUAAAAUAAUCUUACUUUUUAUUUCAAAUGUAUGGUUAUCUGUAAUAAUGUUCUGUAAUAGUGAAUGUAUUGACCACUUUGUUUUUCCUUUGUGUGAAUCACUCUUGGACUGACUGAGACUUAUGACGCAUGCUUGCUUGUAGAAAUACAUGAACCAUAAAAUAAAUAAUAAUUUCCA